UGUCAAUGCCUGCCAUAAUUGGAACGAAAGCGAGCGAAGUGACGAGAGUGCUCACCUUGAUUGGACUUAGUUAUUCUGAGAGUGCUGACGUGACAUGGCGCGCCUACCACUAGCAGGGGCGUGGCUGCACGCCACAAACCAUGCUCCGAAAAGACAGAAAAAAACGAAGACUGCAGCUAUCGAGGACUCGUUUAGACGCGCACCCGACGAGACUGGGGGCGCCUCCACCUCGGGGGCUGCUACCUCAAGCAGCGUUGCCCCCGUCAUGCGGCAGAGUAUGGCAGUGACGCCUACGAUGCGACUGGACAGGGCCGCGAUCGCUAAAGGUGACUACCGCCAGGCCUUGCGGAAAUAUAUCGCCAGUGAUACGAUCACCAUCGUGCUACAGUCGCACACUGAAGGCGCACUGAUAGACCGUAUGUAUAGGCUUGAGGUUUUUCGUGACUACUGGAGGAACCAGAAGCCGCCAAUCGAGGCGCCGCAUGAGGUGGAGCGCGUGCGCCUGUUCUGCCUAUGGGUGGCUGGCACGGAUGAAAGUUCUGACCUGGCGAGAUCAUAUUUCACGGCGAUGGCCUAUAGUCUCUUGGUGCCACCACUGAACCCCGACACGAACAGGCAAUGUGCCUGGAUGGCCGAUGCGCCGCGCGCGGUGCGCUCCCUGGCAAUUGCAAGCGACGACAUAAAACGGGCCACAAAUUCCUUUGAGAAGGAAAAGGCGCCCCUGAUUGCGAGGGAGGCAUGGGCGAAACUCCAGCCGCUCGAAAAGGCGACCGUAAGGCUUUGGGUCAACCUUGGAACUCGAUGGAACAGUGUAGAGGCCAUCAUGCCUCAGGAUGCCCAAUGUCCGAUACACCCACGGGGUAAGAUUUCUGUCCAUAUAACGCGAGAGAAGAUUACAGCGGUGGCCAACAGAACGGCCUUCGUAUCCUGCUGCUGCGAUAAGACGACAAAGAGUGGCCUCGGCGUCGUAUGUGACCCGCAGACCAAGAAGAUAUCCUUCCCACUGAGGGAAGCCGAGGUCCGGAAGACGCUACAGAAGAUUGGGGCGAGAUUUCGCUCCCCGUGGAGGACGAGCGCCAUAUAUGCGAGAACGCGCGUCGAGGCUGGUGACCGUUUUGAUUUCUCAAAAUAUAUGCUCCAACGUGGAUGGACCGUAGUCGCGACAUUUUUUGGCUAUUGUGUCGACUACGCAAAAACUGAGGCUGAUCGAAUGCUACCAGCUGCAGGCGCACUGGAGUUGGGAGAUAUGUCGAGUAAGCGCAUCGCUUUCCCGGAAGAUAAGUCGGAGGCCCAUGCCCUCCACGAGAUGAACAGAUCAUCUGGGGACCUUGAGGGCAUGGAAGCUGUCGAGUCUUUGCUAUUGAGCAAAGGAAAAGCGAAAGUCCCAAAAUCACUAGAAUACUACCAAUCCCGCUCGGUUUUUUUGGCCGAAGGGAGGGCCCUACAGAAUGGGCAGGAGCUGACCACAAGGCAGGCCAGACCGAAAGUCAAGACCCUAGAGCAACAGAGGAAAGAGGGACUCUUCAAACCAGCACGGGCGACCGUGGGCUUGUUUAAACAGACUCAGAGCGCACCGCUGAGGUCUCUUAAGAAGUCCUGGCGGCGUCGCCCGCGAUAACCUUUGGGGGGUAUCGUCUGUACGGAUCGACGGCAGCUACCUGUGCUGUAUGUGGGCCCUACUUAUUUGCCUUUUUUGCACAUGUUGAUGCUGCUUUGCCCUCGCACUCGCAUUGAGCGCCCGCCUGUUAGGGCUGCGGUAGUGGGGAAGGGGUGGCGCUCGGGGGACACCACUGGCG